UCCUGCAGCUCAUUUCAAAAGGCACUGGGAGGCUUGGUCUGUCCACGUAAAGCAGAGAGAGGGAGAGGGAGGGAGAGGGAGAGAGGCAGAGUGCAGUUCAGUAAGCAGACUGCACAGAUCUCCCAACUUUUCCAGCAGCGAAGAGGAAGAGAAGGAAUAAAACUUCUUGGGUUAUUCCGAGCCAGCAAUGCUACGGUGAUCAGAAGUGCCUGGGCAUUGGAGGAAAGAAGCAAAAGACCCGGAGAGGGAGAGGAGGAGAGAGACAUCGCUGUUGUGGAUUAGAGGGAGUGGUGCUGUGAAUUAGCAAAGAAUUAGCAUCCAGAGCAGUUCAGCAUUACAGCAAGAGAAAACCGAUGCUCCGUCUGGAAGAAUCCCAGUAUGGAAGAAGAACCGGCAACUCUGCAUUGGCAACUAUCUCCCUGAACUGCUGCUUCUCCUCUGACUCAGGUAACAAUGGGGGGCUUCUGAUCUGUAGACCCUCAGGCACAUGUGAAACUGAGGUGGUGGGCCCAACAUCCCACCUGGACCUGUAGGGCCACUCCUUCUAAAUGAUCAUGGCUACCAUGGGUGGUCAUGAUGGCUACAAUAUCCAAGCCACCGCCGCCAUUGCAGCUGUCACCACAUUCCUCAUCAUCUUCACCAUCUUUGGCAACAUUCUGGUGAUCAUUGCUGUGCUGACCAGCAGGUCCCUGAAAGCCCCACAGAACCUUUUCCUGGUGUCCCUUGCGGCCGCAGACAUCCUGGUGGCCACCCUCAUCAUCCCCUUCUCUCUUGCCAAUGAGUUGAUGGGCUACUGGUAUUUCAGCAGGACAUGGUGUAAAGCCUACCUGGCCUUGGAUGUUCUAUUCUGCACAGCCUCCAUCGUGCAUCUCUGUGCCAUCAGUCUGGACCGGUACUGGUCGGUUAGCAGAGCCAUUGAGUACAACUCCAAGAGGACGCCAAGGAGGAUCAAGUGCACCAUCCUUGUGGUGUGGCUGAUUGCGGCAGUCAUCUCCUUGCCUCCGCUGGUCCUCAACGAAAACCCAAACAAUGCCAAAGAGGAUGCGAGGAGGUGUGAGCUGAAUGAGGAGCCCUGGUACAUCCUCUCCUCCAGCACCUGCUCUUUCUUUGCUCCCUGUGUCAUUAUGAUCUUGGUGUAUCUUAGGAUCUACUUCAUAGCCAAGCGUCGAAACAAGCAGAGGACCCAAGCUAAGAAGCCCAAGACAAAGGCAGAAGAAGGGGUACCCCAAAUCAGCGCUGUUCCAUCUGUCGAAACCUCUCCCAAGCAGGACCAAUCCAAGCCUCAGGGAGAAGGGGAGCCAAAUGGACAUCAGGUACCCACUCAGGAAAGUGACCAACCAGAGACCCAUUGCCUCUCUACUGAGAAGUUUUCUCUCGUAAGCCAGGAGGAGAAAGACCCAGAGCCAGCAACUGCCACCAGCCCUUCUCAGUCCCUGUCUGAGAAGAAGCCAUCUUCAGAGUGCUUUCCCCCUAGCAGCAUCAAGCGGGGCAACGGACCCCCCCAGAGCUCCCCUCAGGGCAUGGACACCUUAGCCACUGUGAGAGGGGAGGUCCUACUGGUGAGGAGGGUGAAGACCCUCAGUGCCAACCCUUGGAGGAGGAAGACACACCUCAACCGGGAGAAGAGGUUCACCUUUGUCUUGGCUGUGGUGAUCGGGGUCUUUGUCAUCUGUUGGUUCCCUUUCUUCUUCCUCUACAGCCUCCGGGCCAUCUGUCCCCCAGAGCACUGUCCAAUCCCAGAAAGCACCUUCAAGUUUUUCUUCUGGAUUGGCUACUGCAACAGCUCCUUGAACCCUGUCAUAUAUACCAUCUUCAAUCAGGACUUUCGCAAGGCUUUCAGGAAGAUUCUCUGCAGGCAGUGGACUCAGACUGCCUGGUAAGAGAGGCUGGGUGAGGGCAAGCCAGCAAGCAAUUCAGAGUGCAUGGGGACCCUUGUGGAAACGGAACUCAUCGUGCUAUUUAAACUAAACAAAGAAAAAUAUAGGCUAUUUAUUUGUUGGCUUUUGUGUUUGCAGGAAGGGGAGUGAGGGUGAGUGCUGGAUAGAAACUGGCUUUUCAGGCAGUCGAUUUUAGUUCAGCUAUCUCUGUCUGUGUGUGAAGCAGACCCACACCCAAUGUUCCGCCAGCAUUUUUUUUCACCAAAAGAUUAUGUGCCAAUGCCAAAUAUCUUCUAAUUAGUUGGGUCAAAGGAACCUUUCCCCCUCUAAAUCCUGUGGCUGAAUGAGAGUGUGCUUGAGGGUUGCCAGCUUUGCAAACUCUCCCUGUUGCUGUGCCUUUAACAGCAGCUUGAUCUGCAGGGAUUAGCAGGUGAUAAUGUUUUUGUCUCCAUGCUGCAAAAAGCUUCCUGUGUGAUUCCUGCAGACUAAGAUGCUGUCAAGGCAAAGGAGCAACCUUGGCAAAUUUUCUCGCCUCCUACUCCUGACCACUUGGCAGCCUCCUGUGCCAUCCAGGUAAGCCACAAAAAAGUAAUCAGUUAAACAGCCUAAAACUAAUCCAUUUAUGUUGAACAUGCUUCAGAAGAAAUCUACAAAGUGUCUAUUUCUCUGCUCAGGAAUCUAGGACUGAAAAUUCUCUUUCAGGGGCAUGUUGGCAGCUAUGAAGGAGUGAUAGUUGGGUUGCCAACUGGCCAGAAUAAAAUGGAUGGGACUGCUCCUGUGCCUUUGACAGAAAAUUUGUAGGGUAUACAGCUGUUGGCAUGGAAAUAGUAUUGCUUGCUAGCGUCUGCCUGUUGAAAUGCUGCUCUUAAAGGCACAGCGGCAGGCAGGGCUGGAAGCAAAAGUUGGUGGUUGAAAUGGUCUGAUAUUUUUUUAAAAGGGUGAUUUGAGCCAAAUGUUGAUGUUUGUUGUAUUUUAUUGCAGCCAGCUAUUGGAAAAUUUCCUGGAUGGUGCUUUUUGACAUGGUAGGGUUGUUAACUUUUAAAAAUCAGGUCUGCUCCUGUACCUUUAAAGGCAGAAUGAUUAGGAGAAUUUUAGUAAGGCAAGCUUUUGUAGCUCUUUCAGUUCCACAUCAAGAAAAACUUCAGCUGUUACAUUUAUGCAAGUCAAGCCUGUUGAAAGCACAAAAACAGCCCUGUUUAAAAAUAGCAGCAGCAAAGUAGCAACCUGGUUUGUUUUUAUUGUGUUUCCCAUUCCUUUGCUUCUGGAGUCCUCACAGAGAACAUCAAAUAUUUCUCCAUUGGAGGGGGUUGGACUAGAUGAUCCUCGGGGGUCUCUUCCAACUCUAUGAUUCUAAAUUCUUCCCAUGGAACAUGCGCAUGGAAGGAUAGGCACUGGCUUCUAAAUCAGGAAAGCAAAGUCCUCUAAGACACCAGAUGCUUUUUGCUACUAUUUAGGGUUGGCAAUUGACUAAGAAGAAAACUCCAGCUUGGUCUGCUGUUUUGACCUUCAAGAGCAGCUUGAUCUGUAGAAAUCAACAGACGAAGUCCCCUUGAGCUAUAGGCUGCCUAAUGCACACAGUUUAAAGGGCACAGCUGAAAAUUUGGCAGCUAGGUUACUAUGCUCUGAGGAAGGGUUCAGGUGUGCAAAAUUGGCCUGAGCUGUGUUAAUGUGGAAGGAGGAAAAGCAUUCACAUGUGGAGGUGGGCAGAAGAGGCGGGUUCCCACUGCAGCACAAAGUCCAGUUUUGUUGCUAUGGGUUUGUAGUAGUCCUGUUGAAAUUAAUUGACAUGUCUAACUUAGGCCCAUUAAUUUCAGUGGGUCUACACUGAGUAAAAGUUAGUUGAAUGCAGACUUACAUUCCCAAGGACUGCAGCCUUGGACUGACUACUCCCACCCAGUUAGAGAAAUCAUAGUUGAGUUUUAGUUGAUCACUUAACGAAAGCUGCUAUAUGUAUGAGAAAAGAACAAAGUGCUUUUUUAAAAAAGAAAAGAAUAUAUUUUCUUUGAGUUUGGAGCAGGUUUUUGGAAAACUUGUGGUCCUUCAGAGUUUGUUGGCUCUCCAUUAUCCAGGCUCCUGGGAACUGGAGGCAAACAAAUCAGGUAUGGCCACAGGUUCAUCAACUUUGGUUAGUGGAUGCCUGUGUGGGUCACAGCAGACCCCAUCCUAAAGAAGGCCUUCUCCCUCUUCUCCCACACAGCAUCUUAAUGUAAGAGAAGCCUGGCUGCGCUGGAUCAGGCAGGCCAAGAGCCUAUCUAGCCCAGGAUUCCAUUUUUACCCUGGCUGGCCAGGUACCUGUGGGAAGCCUGCAAGCAGAAGGAGAGUGCGAGAGCCCUCUCCACACGUGUGAUUCUCAGCUUUAAGUUUUAUUCAGAAGCAUCUUACCUCUGAUAAUGAAGGCAGGAUAUAGCCUUAUUCUCCAUGAAUUUAUCUAAUCCUCUUUUAAAGCUGCCCACUAUGCCCUGGGUCUAGUUCCUGGGUACUUGAUACCAGUUAAAGAGCAUAUAUAUGUUUGUUUUUUUGUCCUACCAAGCAUCACUUCACGCUUGCCUACUUCGAAAUGCAUUUGCCAUUUUACUUUUUAUGUUUUACCUGUGCUGAGCAAUUAGCUAUCAGCAAACUUUGCUACCUCACUGAUCACUCUUAAUUCUUGAUUGUUUAUGAACAACUUAAGAAGCACAAGCCCCGCUUCCCGUCCUUUGGGCUGGCCUUUCUAUAUCACUCCAUAGGGACAACUGUCCCUUUACUCCUGCUCUGCUUCCUGUUUUGUUCUGAUCCAGAAGUGGUCCCUUUCUUCCUUUUCUACUACCGUAUUGCUAAGCAUGCUAAGGAAUCUUUGGUGACAGACUUCACAAAUAUCUUUAGCAAAAGUACACAGUGUUGAUGGCUCAAGCACUGUACCUCUGACUCUAAGCUUAUUGACACUCUCAAAGAACUCUGAAAGGUGAGUGAGACUGUUGCAGAAAUUGUGCUGGUUUUCCUUCCUUCAGUUUUCCUUACUCUUCUAUAUGCUUGCCAGUUCUAUCUCUAGUAAUGCUCUCCACCAGUUUUCCUGAAACAGAUGUUAAUUACCCAGAUUCCCCCUGGAAUCGAUCCCUUUGAAAAUUAGUGUUACAUUCUGAGAUGGUGAUUGACAUCUGCAGUAUUUUUAAGUACUUGCAUUUAAAUAAUGUUUAAAAAUGUUAAAUCUGCUGAUCAAUUACAUGGGGGACUCUUUUUAAUCAAUCAAAAUAUAGUAAUUAAUCAGUCUGAUUAAUUUAUUAGAUGCCACAGUCUGUCUUUAAAAAGUGCCAAAAUCACUUGGGGAACAAAAUGAUUAUUGCAAAGAGACGUGUGUGUCUGUGUAUAAUAUACACAUUUGAAAAAAUGAGGAUGAAAUUUCAUUCUCUUUUCCCUCUUCUACUCUGGAGGACAGAAUGCCUCUCCUCAGGGUUGACCCAAUACAUUUUGCUGCCUGAGGCAAAGGAGAAGAUGGUGUCCUCCCCCCCACUUCCACACGCAGAAGCCAAACAGGACUGGUUGGUAGUUGAAUCUUACUUGAAUACUGUAUUGGCAAGACUAUAGCCGGUAGUGUGGCUCAGAGGCAGAGGCAGAGUCCAUCUGCAAGGUCCAGUCCAGUCCAAAGGCCAGGAGUAUCUCAGUUCACGUAGUCAGAUGAUCCGAGGGUCAAGAAAGCUGAGGUUCCGAAGUCGCAAGAAGCAGCGAGGUCUGGCCAGGAACAACAAAUGUUGUUUCCAGCAACUGCCUGAGGCUGGAAACCCUGCUUAAGAAAGCUGGAGCCUGCUGGUUCUCCUCAGGAGCAAGAAGUGGAAUCACUUCGCCUUCUGUUCCUUCAGGCUGCUGCUCAGCGGGUGAAGCCGACCCCUGGCCCAUGACAAUCAAGCAUGAUUGAAAGCAUAAGCACACUUUCCAGGGAAUAUAUUCCACUCCAGGCUGGCCCUACCAUUAGGCGGAGCGAAGCAGCCACUUGGGGCAGCAGGAUUUGGGGUGUCAUGAAAAGGCAGCAAAUGGUUAGCUAAUUAAUUUCUUAUAAUUGUAACUAUAUUUCAGGGAGAGGAAGAAGGGCUUGUAGCAUUUUCUACCUCAUGCGCCAACAUUCCAGUGGGGUGGGGUCAAUUUUCUGCUGUUCCUCAGGCAGCAAAGUGGCUAGGGUGGCCUGGCCUGAACCCAUUGAACCUAAUGAAACUUACUUCUGAGUAAUACUUGUACUGGAAGAUUUAUUUCAUCAGCUGACAGCCCUAAUUUCUAGCUUUGAGUUAACCCUGAACAGGUGGUGGUUGCUGUUUUUCCACAAGGAGUGUCAUAUCUCAUUCCUACUAGCUAUCAACCUUUGAAUUAGAAACUCUUCCCCUGGAGACUAGCACUUUCCUCUUUCGCCAGCAAGUUCCAUGAGGGGAAGAAGUUCAACAGGUGCCCCUUUCCCAAACUGUACUAACACAGAAUAGCCCUGCAAAGUAGGGGGGGAGCCCUUCCCCCCCCUUAACAGCGUUGUCAACUUUCUCAUGGUUUUGCUCCUGUGCCUAUAAGGGCAACUUGAUGUGGAAAGGGGAAGCAGACCAAAGCUUUUCCUCAGUUGGAGAGAGUGGAGGAGAACGCUUUGCCAGCUUAAUUUUUGUCCUGAGGCACAGGACAAAAGGCCAGUAAAAACAUAAAAGCCCCCCUGAUGCAAAUGUAGGUUUGCCACCUUUUUGGCAAGGCUCCUUUGCCUUUAACAGAUAUGUAGCAAACAGAAUUUCCCCCAUCACAGCAGGUCAGCCAAAAAGUUUCUCCUUCGGAGUCACAAUGCCAAUAUUUUGCAAUCGGAAUUCUAGAGAUUAGUACUUUUGACCAUUUUCAUUAAUCUAAACCAGGCAUCCCCAAACUUCGGCCCUCCAGAUGUUUUGGACUACAAUUCCCAUCUUCCCCGACCACUGGUCCUACCGGUAUUAGCGAGGGAUCAUGGGAGUUGUAGGCCAAAACAUCUGGAGGGCCGAAGUUUGGGGAUGCCUGAUCUAAACUAGCCUUCCACAACCUAGUGAGUUUCUGGGGUUUUUUGGACAGCACAGCUGAUGGCAGUUGCAGUUCAAGACUUCUGGGGUGGGGCAGGGGCACCAGGUUGGGGAACACUGAGCAUGUGAAAGCAUAGAAGAAAACUGGAAACCUGCUGAUGAAGCCUAGUUUCUCUCUCAUGGUUUUUCUUUCUUUCUACGGGUCAUUAAAGAAAAAAUUGAGGAAACCAAUUUCCUGAAAUACGUCUCUUACAUCUGAAUAUAUAAAUUUGCUAACCGUUUCUUUCCAAAAUAUUUGCCUCAUUUGUAUCGACAUGAUUAUGUUCCUAGUGAUCUUUUUCUGAGUCCUAAAAUCAAGAUUUGUACUAUGGAUCUGUCCCAAAUCUCCUCUCUCUCCACCCCCAAAAUAAAUGCAACACCAUUAUUAUUUUCAAAAUGCAUUUUACAUCUUUGAUAUGCAUCUCAGAAUAAUUCUCUGAAUUCUGUGUGGGAGGCAAAUAUGAAACGGAUAAAGUGAUUUCUAUAUCCUAAACUGGGACUUUUGAGAUUCUGCCCAUAUGAUAAACUGGCUUACUGAGGCUUCCUCAGUCAGAAGGUGGACAGUGGCAGACCAGCUAGUGAUAAAUAAAAUAGCUAGCUGGAAUUUUUUUACAAUCAAGGCCCAGCAGAGUUGACUAAUGUUAGAAGUAGGUCCUGAGACGCUCAAAAUAAAUUCUGAACGAAGUUUGUGAAGCAGCAAAACAUUUAUUGAUUAUAAAACGUUCUUGCAGGAGCAGGUGUCCAAUAGGCACACUCCACAAUUGGCAAAACACAAGCUUAUAUCCUGAAGCACAGGUUCCCUACCUUGUUUCCCCAUUGGCUGGGUAUGGGCAAAGUUCAAAGUCUAUCACAACCGCUUAAUUAGACUACUAAAAUCCCCGCCCUUGUUGACAUCUCCCAUUACUCUGAAUUCGAUGGCCAUCACCUGUUUAUCUUUCUCCUUAUUUGGUCCAUGUCUCUAUAUGUUUUUACGCAUUGACUCAAACGAUAAAGCCACAUCCUGACUACUAACGAGUUCUAUAUCGGCCAAAGAGUACAAAUAAACCAUAAUCCAGCUGCAUGCUGUCCUAUCUAUGAGCACCCUGAUCACAAACCGUUCUAAAGUACAGUGGUACCUCGGUUUUCGAAUGUAAUCCAUUCUGGAAGACUGUUUAAGUUCCAAAACCAAAAACUCAAAGCGGAAGCCUCAAAAUGGAAAACUCAAUAUGGAAGAAAACAGAGGUACCCCUGUAUAAGUAGCUCUGUGCUCUAUGCGGUCAUCUAAAAGUUGCAACAUCUGUGAAAAAGCAACAUUCUUAUUUCUCAAAGCCACACACCCCUCCACUGUUGGAGGCAGUAUGCUUUGCUGACUAUCAGUUGAUGGGAAUCACAAGUGAAGGGAGUGCUGUUCUGUUAUUGUAGCUCCUGCUUGCAGGCUCCUCACAGGCAUCUGGUUAGGGUUGCCACCUUUGUUCUGGCAAAAUAUAGGGUGGGGCAGGGCAGGGCAGUUGGUGGACAAUUUUUCCCCCCAUCUGGAGCUGAAGUGAAUUCUGGCAUUCCAUUACAAUUAUUGCAGCCUAACCGGACGGCCCCUCUGGAAUUUGUCUCACACACGCACCUACACUUGAAUGUGUAAAUCUUUGGCUACCCAGAGCUUAACUACAUGACCUUUCACACACCCUUUCAAACACAGGCAUUUGGGGAGGAUCAGGGGUGUAGGAAGAUAGGGGCGGUGGGGUCGGUGCGCCCCGAGCGAUGCGAUCCCAGGGGCGCCAUCGCCGCUGCCAGCCCCGCCCCCAAAACGUGCACCCCGCCCCAAAACGCACGCCACGUCACUGGGGGCAGUGCGCCUGCUCUCCGCCCCCGGAGAGGAUUCCUAACUUGGAAGACCUGAAAUACAAGACAAAACUGUAUCAAUGCAGUUUAAAAUCCUCCAAGGAAAGAGAAUCCACCACUGACCAGCUCUCACUGAUGUUUAGUCGGAAUCUCCCUUCUUGUAACUUGAAUCCAUUGGUUCAUGUUCUACCCACCAGAGCAGGAGAAAACAAGCUUUCUCCAUCCUCUAUGUGAAAUAAUAAUAAUAAUAAUAAUAAUAAUAAUAAUAAUAAUAAUAAUUUACAUAUACCCUGCCCAUCUGGCUGGGUUUCCCCAGCCACUCUGGGCGGCUUCCAACAAAAUAUUAAAAAUAUAAUAAAAUAUCAAACAUUAAAAACUUCCCAAAACAGGGGUGCCUUCAGAUUUCUUCUAAAAGUCAGAAAGUUGUUUAUUUCCUUGACAUCUGGUGAGAGGGCAUUCUACAGGGCGGGUGCCGCUACUGAGAAGGCCCUCUGCCUGGUUCCUUGUAACUGCACUUCUCACAGUACGGGAACUGCCAGAAGGCCCUUGGAGCUGGACCUCUCUUUAUAUAUUUGACAGCCCUUUAUAUAUUUGAAGAUGGCUAUCAUAUCUCCUCUCAGUCUCUUUUCCAGGCCUCAAACAUUUCUAAUAAGGUUUAGUUUCCAGACACUUUAUCAUUUUGGUCGCCCUCCCCUGCAUACAUUCCAGCUUGUCAAUAUCCAUCUUAAAUUGUGGUGCCCAGAACUGGACACAGUUGUGGUCCAACCAAAGCAGAAUAGAGUGGUACUAUUACUUCCCUUGAUCGGGACACUAGCGCUGUGGUCUAACCCACUGAGCCUCUUGGGCUUGCAGUUCAAAUCUGCGUGACGGGUUGAGCUCCCUUUGCUCUGUCCCAGCUCCUGCCAACCUAGCAGUUCAAAAACAUACCAGUGCAAGUAGAUAAAUAGGCACUGCUGUAAAUUGCGUUUCUGUGUGUUCUGACACACGCCACAGUGUUCCAUUGUGCCAGAAGGGGUUUAGUCAUGCUAGCCACAUGACCCAAAAAGCUGUCUGCAGGCAAAUGCCAGCUCCCUCUGCCUGAAAUCGGAGAUGAGCGCCACACCCCAUAGUCCAGGGGUCCCCAGAUUACAGCCGGCGGGCCUGAGACGGCCCGAAGGCCUCUUUUAUCUGGCCCACGACGACCCCCACCGCUCACUGCCACCACCCGCUCUUAGCGACGCAGCAUGGCUGCCCACUUCCGAGUUGGAGGAGCGCCAGAAAUAGCUUGCGCACAUGCGCAAGCGUCAUUUCCGGUGCACUUCUGGUAUCGGAGGAGGCCCGUGUGCAUGCGCACAAACUAUUUCCCGUGCUCCUCCGACCCGGAAGUGCUCCAGAAAUAGUGUGCGUGCAUGCGCACGGGCGCGCACUCCUGUGCACUCCCCCGCCCUCCCGCAUGAUCGGUGCUGUAGGCACCGGCCCAAAGCCGGGGUAAGUUUGGGGAUCCCUGCCAUAGUCGAUUUCAACUGGACUUAACCGUCCAGGGUCCUUUAUCUUUACCUACCACUUUAAACACUCCUUCCAAGGAAUUCUGAGACCUGUAGUUUGUUAAGGAUGCAGAGAGUUGUAAGGUAACUCCUAUUCCUCUCCCAGAGCUACAAUUCCCUGAGUGCCUUAGCAACCAAUCCUUCUUCACAGGGAACUCUGGCCCAACAGCACCAGAGAGCCAAGUGGUUGUUUUGGGCAACUGCAUUUUGGACAAGAGCAGCGAAAGAGAGGAAGAGCAAUCCCUUGCAGAGGAUGGAGUGCUGCUCAGGAUGAGUGUGCUUCACCAGUAUCCAUAUGGAGUCCUACAAUGCUCCAUCCUUGCCUUAGCAGGUCCUGUUUGGCCCAGAGGACAACAGAGGCUCAAACCCUAACAAAGGAGGCUUGUUAACACUGCAGCUGUGUGCGCUUGCUCUUAAAGUGUGACACAGCCAGUUAAUUGCGCUGAGGAUGAGGUCUGUCGUUAGAAGAGAGCACAUUCAUUGGGCAUACAGAGUAGCUUGGCAUAUCUGUUUAUUUCUCGUUCCCUGCCCUCACCUACUAAGCAAGAUGGUGAUAUAAGAUUGUGUUGCAAUAAACACCAGGGAAGUCAUUUCCGUUCUGCAUCCUCUAUCAUACUCAUAGCAAAAAUAGAAGUGUUCUGUACAAACAAUGGCUUUCAGAGCAGACUAUAAUGGCUGCAGUGCUGUCCCAUUCAAAAUCUGUAGAGUUCAUUGCACUUUACAGAGGAACAUUCCUUGUACAAUAAUGAGUGGUUGUGGCAGAAGUGUCAACGGUCAAGCUUUAUAAUCAUGGCAGUUCAUGCUAUGUGUGCCAAGACAUUAGAAAUUCCGAACCAAAGAAGCCUCAAAAUUCUCUGCUCAGAGUAAACAAGGCAAGUUUGCUUAUUUUCUGCAAACUUUUGCCUGGAAUUAAGUGGAAAGAUUUGCUCUGGAAGUGCCUCACUCUUGCUCCUUGCUAUUUGGAUUAGGUUGCCAACUUCUCAAGUGACAUCUGUAGCUGUGCCAUAAACAGUGGCUUGAGAUGCAAGAAUUUGUAGGUGGUUUUUUUGUAGGACCUAGAGCCUGCUGGCCACAUGAGAUGAGUGCCGCAACCCUAGAGUCGUCCGCGACUGGACCUAAUGGUCAGGGGUCCCUUUACCUAGAGCCUGCUAAUUUCUGCCUUUCAUGCAGUUGUAGGUGGUCCCUUAGGGCAAGUGGGGUACUGCUGCCCCACGAAACACUGCCUGCCCUCAAUCCGUCACCACCUGCCUGCCUUCUUACUUGCAUCCAUUCCAAAGGGAUGGCACAGCUUGUCAGCUCUGCCCUCCUUAGUCUAUGAUUCGGCUCUGCCUCUCAUUGGCUCUGGCUACUCCUACUGUUGGUUCCCCUGCCUUCUACCCUACAAGCCCCAAUGGGCAGCACCCAAUUGAGCAAAUCUCUUUAUGUUGAACACUUUGGACUUAGAAGAGUGAGAGGAAAUGAGAGAAGAAAGAAGGAAAGUACUCUGACAAUAGGACUUUAGCAGCCAGCAUCCUUUAGGAAAACGAUUUACUAAUGAGGGGCCAAGGCUGAUUUUUAGGGGAUUUGUGGGUAUUUGCCUUGAUUCUAUUAAUUUUGCAUGCUUUAUACAUAGAAUUCAAGAGGUUUUAGCAUUGGGGCAUUAUUUAUUUUUUAAUAUGGGCCAGUUUUGUGCAAGUCAUGUGACACCUGCAAUGGAAAUGGAGGUUGCCUGGAGAUUGCAUCUACCUUUUAACAAGGUGUAUGCAGGUGAGGCUGAAAGACAGAAAAAGAUAGUGAGUGUAAUGAGCUACUCUGCCUCCUGCCUUAUUUGUGCAUUAAAAAGUAAAUGCACACUGUCUAGCAACCUUACCUACUACAGUGGUCGCUCCCCGAAGGCAUGCUUCUGUGCGUGCGCGAAGCGCUGAUAGAGCACUUCUGCGCAUGCACGCGCUGCACAGAUCACGCCUGCGCAUCUGAUGCCACGGAACCCAGAUGUAAACACUUCUGGGUCCGUGGCGGUCGCUUGCUGAAGCGGUUGCAAACAGAGGUAGAUGUAAACCGAGGUUUGACUGUAUGGUAGGAGGGGCAAAAAAACCAACCUCUCUCUUGCUUUAGCAGACAUGGAAAGCUAUCUUUCCGUGGAGGCAACCCAUGGGUCCAUCUGGCUUACUACUGUCCAUAUCAGCCUUUGCCAACCUGGUGCCCUGCAGGUGUAGCUGGACUGCAACUGCCAUCGGGGGGCCAUGGGACUGGCGAAGGCUGACCUGUGCUGAGUGGUAGUAGAUCCCAAGGAGUUUCAGAAAGGACGGGGAGUGAUGGGACUUUGGAAAGAAUGAGGAAACAGCGAAGCGGCAGCCAUCUCUCUGCUGCAUAUACUUUGUUAAAGAUCACAGUGUGCUCUUUUGCUUAUUGCUGGCCAACCCCCAAUGCUUUUUCCAAUCUGGUACCUUUUCAGAGGUUAAGGACUACAACUCCCUUCAGCGACAUGAUGCUGGAGUUGAUGGGAGCAUAGCCAUGCUGGCUGGGGAUUAUGGGAGUUGUAGUCCAAAACAUCCGGAUGGCACCAAGUUGGCAAGGGCUGUUCUCAUGGGUAAUGGCCAGCCUGUACUUAGUGUGUCUGCACCACAAGCUUAAAAUGCAACGACGUCGUUCCUCUUCCACUGCACUCAAGGCUGCAUUUGCACAGUGUGGCUCACAUCAGAGGGGGACAGGGGUGUCUUCACCUGGUGGGCAUGACCUUUCUGGUACCCUCCAGGCCCACAGAAAAUCCUAUUCAUGAAGCUGUUGUCUGCACAGGUGGACUCAUCUGAGCAGGCACAACGGCUGUCUCAAAUGUACACCCUAUCCUUAAGUAGGAAGUGAAGGGAGUUUCAUUUUUCUAGUUUGAUUGAAGCUGGUUUGAGGGGGAAAUGCAUCAAGCAGCGGUACUUGUCAAGAAACGAUGGGAUUGAUAUACUGUACUGUAGAUUGUGGCUGAUAUUGCAAUAUGUGGCUUCCAAAAGUGGGAGGGCACAGGAUGCAGAGUAAGCUGCGGUGUGAACAUACCCACAGUCAUACCCCUUUGUUGAUCAGAGGGGACAUUUGGUCUCUGAACUAAAGACACCUGGAAAUUUUUUUGCUGCCAUUCAGAUCACCCAGCCAGAUCACCAACCAAAAGUCAGAUCACUGAAAAUAAGAGGAGACUCAAAUCACUGGACCAGCUUUUGCCUCUGUCUUCAACUGUGUGCUGGAGAAUGUGUAACGCUGGGGUGCUCUUAGCCCUCCUAUGUACUCAGUGAAUGUGAUUUUUCUCCCACCCCCUUGUAUGUACAGAAUGAUGUUUAGAAAGAAGAAAGCCGGGGGGGGGGGAGUCCUACAAGCUAUUUUAACAAUAAAAGAUAUUUUGUAAUAAGUAGGUUUUGAGUCUCAUUAUGGGAAGGUGAUGGUAUUUGUCUCUGUACGGCCAUGAGUGGCUCAGCUGUUUGGUUUAAUAUGAGGUAUAAUGCAUUAUGCCCUCUAAUGUGGAAUGUCCUCCCACCAGAGGUCAAAGAGAACAACAAUUACCAGACCUUUAGAAGGCAUCUCAAGGCAGCCCUGUUUAGGGAAGCUUUUAAUGUUUGAUUUCUGUAUUUUAAUGUUUUGUUGGAAGCCGCCCAGAGUGGCUGGGGGAACUCGGCCAGAUGGGCGGGGUAUAAAUAAUAAAUUAUAUUAUUAUUAUUAUUAGGUAAAGGGACCCCUGACCAUUACGUCCAGUCGUGACCGACUCUGGGGUUGCAGCGCUCAUCUCGCAUUAUUGGCCGAGGGAGCCGGCGUACAGCUUCCAGGUCAUGUGGCCAGCAUGACAAAGCCGCUUCUGGCGAACCACAGCAGCACACGGAAACGCCGUUUACCUUCCCGCUGUAGCGGUUCCUAUUUAUCUACUGGCACUUUGACGUGCUUUCGAACUGCUAGGUUGGCAGGAGCUGGGACCGAGCAACGAGAGCUCACCCUGUCGCAGGGAUUGAAACCGCCGACCUUCUGACCGGCCACAGCGCCACCCGCUGUCCCAUAUACCCUCUAAAGAGGAGUUAAUAUGAAGGAAAUAUUUUUUAAGGUUAUCUUUCAAAUUUUAUUGCACAAAUUAGAGUUUCUUUCUCUGACUGGGAAUUGCAGUUGACAACAAAGAUGGAUAGUGCAGAAUUUAAGGAGUCUGAGAAGGAAGGUACAUACAGAAUUUGCUAGGCUACUUCUAAAUAAUAAUACUUUGCAUUUAUGCACCACAAUUUUUGCCAACCUGGUAUUCUCCAGGUGGUUUGGACACAACUCCUGCUAGCCCCAGCCAGCCUGGGUGUAUGUUUCUGAGUGUCUGAAGCAUCUGGAGGGGGUCAGCUUGUCAUUUCUAAGCAGGGCUGUGAAGGAAGUGGGAACUGGAACUCCAUGCAUGUUCUUAGAAAAAUAGUUCAAAGGGUGGUUACAGGUAGGUAGCCGUGUUGGUCUGGAUCGAAGUAAAAUAAAAAAAAUUCCUUCAGUAGCACCUUAAAGACCAACUAAGUUUUUAUUUUGGUAUGAGCUUUCGUGUGCAUGCACACUUCUUCAGAUACAGUGAAAUGGAAGUUU